AAUUAAUUUGUAUACUUUGACGAUUUCCUAAUGACAGUUAUUAAACAUCUACAUAAAACUGCUUUUGAAAUAAUGAAGCAAGACCAAGAGUUUUUCGCAAAAGUGAUUUCAAAGUACUUUGAUUGGGUAAAUAUAUGAAAUACAGUCUGUCAGAGACACAUACAAAGAAAUCCCAACAUAUCUACAUAUUAUCAUAAACAAAGCAUGCGAUUCAGGUUCUUUGUGACGUGUACUUUUUACAAACUCAUAAGUUGUCGCUACUACCUCACAUAAGGCAUGGACAAUAAGUAAUGAAAGAGUACAUUCUUGGUUAGAUGUUAAAGAUUGUCUUUUGGUGGAUAGAAAGGGUUAGUCUUUAGUCACUAACCGACACAAUAAACCAUCUCAAUUAUAACAGGCGUAUUGAGCAGCUGUUUGGUAACUCGAUCACGCCAACACAAAGACUCGACUCUACGAUACAACCACUUAUUUUUACAGACCAAACAAAAUUCGCGAAGUCAUAAAGUUCAUAAUCUUUCAAAAUGGCAUACAUAUAUUUCUAAGAACUUUACGUUAUACAUUUGGCUUCUUGGAAUACGAUAUUGCCUGAUUCCGUAUAUUUUAAUGAAAAGAAAUUGACUUGUAGAAACUAACUUCGAGGAAAUAUCUACCUACCGUGGUAUAAAAUGUCGUAUGUAUCUUUCUCAGAGUUACUUUGCUAAUCGUGUUUGGCAAAUGACAGUGCAAAUAAUUUGUAAAAAUAUUUCCCAAAUUUUCUCGUCAGCAACUAACAUACAAAACAAAAUCGGUUACAAAGUGAAAUGGAACGAAAUGCACAUGUCGUUGAUUUCAUUUUGCUCGUUUGUGCAGCACUAAAUGUGUAUGCUUGUAACCAAACUGCGUUGGGUAAUCUUGCUUGUAUACACAUACCUCGCUACAAUGAAGAGCAGUGGUCUAGUUGUGUUACAGAUCUGUAUAUAAGACAGAAGUCAAAGGGUCGUCACGGCUGUCCAAUAGGUCAAAUGGUUUGUUUUUAUCAGUGCAUGUUAGAAGAACACGGUGAGAAUGCGGGUAUCGUAAGAGAUCCAUGUACUUGCUCAAAAGACGACCGACAGAAUAUGGAUGCUGUGAAAGCCGUAGAAAUGUUGACACCAACAUUGCCGCUUCAAUCGUGGUGUUUUACACCAAGCGGAGCUGACUGUAACUGGUUUGAAACAUGUCUUGCUCGACGUUAUUCUUGCGGAGAAAAGUUUCGAGGUGAGGUAAUACGCUUUGCUAAAGAGUUCUGUAAAUUGUACCUAAAUCCCUACUCGGAAUUGUCACGAAAAGGAUUACUUUGGGUGAACGGGUGAGAAAGUGCAUGCAAAUAAGCCUGGUAACGAUGUUGAGAAAAUGGCAAGUUGAACGCACUGAUGUGCGAAACUUUGACAAGGAACGCUCUGCGGUCAUUUAAACACUGCUUUCAUUCACCAUUUCCUGGAGUUUUGCCGACCCUUUGAAUUACCUUUGAACGAUUUGUGGCGAAUAUUUUGGAAUCUCCGUCAGAAGUUAGAAAAUGAGAAGGCACAUCGCAGCCUUCUGGCAUUUCUUCAGAUUAUUGAAAAUGCAGAAGCUUCAAGAAUCCACGUUGACUAAAGGGAACGUAAGAAAACUGAUAUUCCAAGUAAAGCCAAUGGAAAUACCCAACAGCGAAUUGAAUAUGAAAAUCUCAAGACAACACUGAACAAAAAAUCACACCACAAUUUUGCUUCGACAGGAAGAUAUUUCAUGGUUUGCUUACGCUAAGAAGCCUAGAUAUUCUUUGAACAAUAAAAUAGACUUUCACUUCUUCGUCGCAGACAAACGUGAGCAUUUGAUGAUUCAAAGAACAAGCUCGAAGACCCUGUAAAUCUAAAUCGCACCGUUUGGAAAUUAGUCGAAGCUGUUCGCAUGAACAAAAAGUGUUACAAAAAUGGCGCACCUGAUGCAUAUUAUGACAUAAUAUCCACGACAGUUUGUGAAAAUUUAGAGUGCGGUGAGAACAGUUUCACUGUUCAAACCGUUGCGCAUUCGUACAAAAGUAAAGCCACGAAAACAAAUCAAAUUAGUGGUGGAUUCUAUGCCAUGUUUGUAUUAAUAACGUACAAUAUGUUCAGAGUUUAGUUUCCUAGGACCUUCGCCGGCCUUCACAUUAUCGAACUAUGGCAAUGACUGCGUUAAACUGAGCAUGAUGUCAAUCUGGGGAUUACGCAAGCUUCGCCAGUUCGUGCAAACUGUUCAAUCGUUGGGUUAAAACCAUCUUUUAUCGUACACACAUAUCACAACAAAGUAGAACGGAUUUCAUCGCUAUAAUAUUCAUCAUUAGUCAAUGUAAUAAUUUAAAAUACAAAAUUGAUCAUUGUAAUAAAAUACAGACGCAGCAUA